GCCGGGUGGAGUCGGAGCGGGCGCGGGAGAUUCUGAAGUUCGCCGCCAUGUCGGUGACAGUGCCCGGCUACUCGCCCACCUUCAAGAAGCCUGCAGAGACACUGCGACUCCGGCGGAAACGAGCCCGAAACCCUGCGGACACUGAAACAGGAGCCGCUGUCUGCCCGGCGGGUCCGGCCGAGCUCGGGCCCCGCCGCGCCGCACUGGCAGCCGGCCUCCGCCUUCGCCCUUUCCCCGCCUCGGGAAGCAGGAGCGGAGGUACCGCCGCGGCUUCUCUUCGGAGAAACCCCUUUGCUCGCUUGGACAAUAGCCCGCGGCCGGCCCUGGGGCCCGGGCCCGUUACCGACCCUACAUGGCCGCCGGCCAUUCCCGUGCCGGACACGGGGGAGCCAUUUUUAGAUAUUCUUCAAGAAAAUAAUGUGACCUGGAAAGAAGAAUUUUCCGAAAGAACAACAAUUAAACAAUUGUCUGUGACUCAUCAACAGCACUCCAAAUAUGAUAUUCCAUACUCAGAAAGUGUUGAGUUUCCUGUGGAUUGGAGUAUUAAAACUCGACUCCUUUUUACCUCUUCCCAAUCUUUUACCUGGGCUGAUCAUUUGAAAGCUCAGGAAGAAGCUCAAGGCUUUGUCCAACACUGCAGGGCAACAGAAGUUCAUCUGCCUGAGAAUAUACAGGACCCAAGACUCUCCCCUGAACUUCGUUGUGCAUUCCAGCAGAGCCUUAUUUAUUGGCUUCAUCCCUCCCUGCCAUGGUUACAACUUUUUCCACGUAUUGGGGCUGACAGAAAAAUAGCUGGAAAAACAAGCCCGUGGUCAAAUGAUGAGGGACUACAACAACUUUUAAUGAGCGAAUGGUCCAUCAGCUUCACUUCUCUGUAUAAUCUACUGAAGACAAAACUUUGUCCCUAUUUCUAUGUUUGUUCCUAUCAAUUUACUGUGCUGUUUCGUGCAGCAGGGCUAGCAGGAAAUGAUGUAAUUACAGCUGUCUUGUCACCGACAACCAGAGGUUUAAGAGAAGCUAUGAAAAAUGAAGGUAUUGAAUUUUCUUUGCCGUUAAUAAAAGAAAAUGGCCAACGGAAACAAAAAGUAUCUGAGACAAGUUUACAUGUAGAACAGUGUGAGCAUAAGACAGAACCAGAAGAGGAACAACUUUUUAGUGAUGAGGAUGAAGAGGAAAGUUUUUCCUGGCUGGAAGAGAUGGGUGUACAGGAUAAGAUAAAAAAACCAGACCUCUCCCUCAAGCUUCGUAAAGAGAAAAAUGAAGUGCAAAUGGAUCAUAGGCCAGAAUCUAUUGUACUGGUAAAAGGAGUCAACACCUUUACAUUGCUAAACUUCUUGAUAAAUUGCAAGAGUUUAGUUGCUACCUCAGGUCCUCAGGCAGGACUUCCACCAACACUGUUGUCCCCAAUAGCUUUCCGAGGUGCCACAAUGCAAAUGCUCAAGGCACGAACAGUAAAUGUAAAGACACCCGUUUAUUCUGGUUACAAAGAUCAAUUUAGUUUGGAGAUUACAGGUCCUAUCAUGCCUCAUUCUCUGCAUUCUUUGACUAUGCUGCUCAAAUCUGCACAAAAAGGAUCUUUUUCUGCAGGAUUAUAUACUCAUGAACCAACAUCUAUAUUUAACACAUGUACUCAAGUAGAAAAAAUAUCAAAUAAGGAAUUCCUCGAAAAGGAGCUUGCUAAUUGUGGAUUGCAUCUUAAAACUCUAAGUCAACUUACCCAGUUACCAGUACUAGGAAAAUCAUCUUUACGAUUCAUGGAAAUGAAAAACCACACUUGUUAUUGGAGGUCUUGAAACAAGUGGAACAAGGUUAAUUACUGACUUUAAGAAACACCAUCCCAAAAUUAAGCAAUCUUAAGACACUUCUUUGUUUGAACGAGCUUAUCUCAGGGUUUAUAAGAAAGAACAAGUAUAUAACACUUAUAGAACAAAUGCAAUAGACACUUCACAGUCUGAUGAUACAUUCAGAUGUAAAACGUUUUGUUUAGUCAUAAUAAGAUGUAGGUGGAAAGUGUACUGUGAUGUAAUGACAUUCUGAGAAACUACCUCAUAAUGGAUUUUGAUGAGGAUUGUGGAUACCCAAAAUGAUUUUAUAAACUGUUUUUAUUAACAAUACUAAUGAUUCCUACAUUGUUAUUUUUACCCUAGAAAAUUUAAGUAGGUAUUUUCUAUAGUUUAUGCCAAAAUAUCUGCUUGUGUAGUUAAAGUAGCAUUUAAUAUAAUGUAGUUUAUGUAAAGUAUGGUUAAUGUGUACUUUUUUUUUUAAAUAAAGUUUCUUUUCAGUGA